CGGACCGGUUCACGUGCGGUCGCACAUGAUAAUAAUAUUAUUAUACGUGUACCACGUUCACGCAUGAACGUCUCGGCGUCGUCAGUCGUUAUUAUUUCAAACAGUUUUCCGGGCCACUCGCAGUAAAAUUACUACCAUUGUCGUUAUUGUCCGGGGUUUUCGAUUUAUUUGUAAAUUUUUUUUUUUCCCGUCAUGAUUCCCGUUCGUAUUUUUCGUGUGCGCAUCGACUUCCGACCGGAAAUGUGAAACGCACAUAAUCGAACGCGAACGGUGCGUUUCGUACGUCGGUGUCGUCGUCGUCGUCGUCGUCGUUGUCGUAAUUUCAGUGCAUUAUCUACUUACGUAUUUCGUACGGCGAGUACUGGAACGGUUUUAGUUUUUCUUUUUCGUUGUUUAGUUUUGACUCGAACCAUCAAGCUGGAUUUCCAGGCCAAUUCGUCCAACAUGUUCACCAGGUUCGACGCGACCAAGUCGACCAAAGGGGCGAGCAAGCUUCGGAGGGAUCUGAUCAACGCAGAGAUCGCAAACCUCCGAGACCUGUUACCCCUGCCGCCAUCGACGAGGCAACGGUUGUCGCAGUUGCAACUCAUGGCCCUGGUGUGCGUGUACGUCCGGAAAGCCAACUACUUUCAACAAGCGUUCAAACGUCACGAAUGUCUACACCACCAUUGCUUGCCAACGCCUAGUUACGGAUUUUCUAAGUCGCUCAGCGGGUUCUUGAUGAUGAUGACCCAAAACGGCAAACUCCUAUACAUAUCGGAUAACGCCGCCGAAUACUUGGGCCACUCGAUGGAGGAUCUUCUCAUACACGGCGACAGUGUGUACGACAUGAUCGACAAACAAGAUCAUCAGGCCGUUCAGACUGAACUGUCCAGGAGUCAAACGUCCGCCGAGGACCAAGGAUGCAAGCGGAUGUUCUUGUGCCGGAUGAACGUCUCCAGGAACGCCAGGAGGCAAAUGCGAUUCGGCGAUCAAAAGGUGGUUUUAGUGCAGGGCCACUACCUCUCCUAUCUGCCGCUGUGCAGCAGAAACGAACCAGUUUUCCUAGCCACUUGCAGCCCGGUGGCGAUGCCCGAGACCAGGGAGGCCGUGGUCCAGGGUUCCACCACGGUGUUCACAGCCAUCCACUCGAUGGACAUGAAGUUCAUACACGUAGACAAAAUAGGAGAAUUUCAUUUGGGGUUUUCCCGUUCGGAGCUGCAGGGCGUCUCUUGGUACCAACUGUUGCACUGGGAGUGCAUGCGCGAAGCUCAGAGCAAACACAGGCUGAUUACACAAUCAGAACAGGAUCGUUCUUGCAUACUGCUGGCCAGGGUACAGAAGAGGGCCACAGGGGACUGGCUUUGGAUACACUGCGUGUUACAGGUCAAAGACAACAUGGAAAACAGCCAACAGCCAGUCAUCGUCAGCACAAAUCAAGUACUUACGGACCAGGAGGCCGCCGUGAUGCGGGCCAACAGCUGGCUGUACCACUAUUACAUGGUGCAGAGCAAACUCCAGUACGGGAUGCAGUUCGAAGCGCAGACGUCGCCGCGUGUACCGUCCACCGGGCCGGCGCAGGUGCAGUCGGGCGUGCCACCGCCGACGGCGGCGCCCGUUUACGCUUACCACCACCAACAGUCACCGCACCAGCAGGAUGGCGCUUACCCGUCGGCGGUGGACCACCAGCACCACCAACACCACCAACAGCACCAGCAGCAGCAGCACCAACAGCAGCAGCACCAACAGCAGCAGCAACAACCGGUGCACUUUCACCAGUUGCCGGACGGAUACUUCCGGUACGCCGCGGCGGCCUCGCCGACAGCGGGAGCCACGGCAACGGUGGCUGCGACGACAACUGCGGCGACGACGACCGGGGUGGCCGCGAAACGGCACAGGCUGGAACCCGAACCCGUCGACUAUUCCAUACAUUCACCCGAGCAGACACCACCGCUGAAGAUCGAGGACGGCGGCCACUCGAUGGCGUCCGACUCGACGCCGUCGCCGCCGUCGAUGGGUGGUGGCGGCGAAUCCGGCGGCGGAUGCGCCACCGCCACGGUGGCCGCGCUGUCGUCGUCGCUGCCUUCGGCCACGUCGCUGGGCCGUUCCCGGGCUCUGGUCAAAGCGGCCAUGGAUCCCGGCGACCUGAUGAUGGAAACGUGGAAUCCCAGUCCACCGUGGUCGGACUGCUGUUCCGGGGCCGGCGCCCUGCAAAAGGUGCCCGAUGUGGACAUGCUCGGCAGCGGCGGCGGCGGUGGCAGUUACUGCGGCCAGCCGACGCCCCCCACGCCCGGCAGCGGUGGAUCGUACCACGCGUCUUCGGGCGCACCGCAGCCACACCACAACCAUCACCACCAUCACCAUCCGGGUGGCUGCGACGAAGUGCCCACCGCCGACACUCUUCACCAUCACCAUCAUCACCACCAUCACCAGCCAUCCACGUUCACGUUCGACUGGCCGGGCGAGCAGUACGUGCCCAACGUGCACGAGGUGCUCGUCGAGCCCACGCCGCACUACAUAGUGCCGUUCCCACCGUGGCCGCACACCGCCGCCGCCGACCACCACAGGCUGUUCCCGCUCCAACCGCCACCGCCCGGCUCUCUGAACAGGCCGUCGCUCAUCGUGCGCGUCGACCAAGACGCUGCGGCCGCCGACGCUUCCGUCCAAGACGGACGUCGUGAAAGCGACAUGUGACGAGCGGACUCGAGGACUGCUACAACGAGGGAUCAUCGCCGUCGUCGACCUUGCGGGACCACCACCGCCGCCGUCGCGGCGCAGUGCUAUUUUUUCGUCUCGUCCGCGAAACCAUAAAAACACAAACGUUUUUUUAUUCCCCUCUCGGCAAAACGUACAUAAUAACAUACGUCGAGACGAUAUUAUAUCGUACAAACGGUGUUUACUCUCAAAUGCAGCCGACCAUCGUACCUAGGUUAGCGUACUAUAUUAGCGGUGGCGGACGCCUUGUACGUAAUAUAUUAUAACUGCAUUCUGUGCAGCAUAAUAUACGUGUCGUAUACAGGGUGAUUAUUUUAAUGCGAAUUCUUAGGAAUCGCAUAAAAAAAAAAUUAAUAGUACGCGAGAAACGUAAAACUGCAGUUACCUACAUUAUAAUAAUAUGCAGUUAUGUGCGCUUUAAGAAGCGCGUUUUCAUGAAAAAAAAAAUCGUUUUUUAAUUCCUUAUACAUUUCCCUACACCUGUGGUUGCGCCUGUUUCGCGAUAUAUAAAAGAAUCACUUUCCCCGUCAUCGAGAGAUCCGACGUAAAUCGUUCUGUCCCGGUAAAUACGUUUAUAGGUAUUUAUAUAGUUUAGAAAAUUGUAUAUUAUAACAUAGUUAUUAUAUUGUAUUAUUAUAUUUUUAGUGUCCGUGAGUACCUGCGUGUAUGGGCCACGUGACUCGCGUUACAAUAUUAUUAUAUUGUACAGACUUAUUAUAAUAGAAUGAAUAAUUGUAAAAAAACACACAUUAUUGUUGAUCGCCUGUUCGAUUCUCAUACUUUACAUACCUACGUAAUAUUAUAUUAGAUUAUAUUUAUCCACCAAGCUGCGCCUGUGAUCUCUGUUUUUAGACCAUUUUCGUAGGAAAAGCCUAACAGUGUAAUGUCUAUAUUAUUAUGUCAUAUCGUAUAAAAUCGUAUCAUAAGUAAUAUUAUAUAAUAUAAUUAUUAUUGUUUAGUUAAUUAUGAUUAAGUAUAUUAUGAAUUAUUUACUAUAAUAAUGUUUGGUAUAGUCGUCGACCGUCGUCGUCGUGUUACAAUAUAUUUUCAACGGAACCGUUUCCCGUCCAUAUUAUUUUUGUUUUAUUAUUUUUAUCAUUAUAAUUAUACUGUAUAAUAGUAUAGGUAUAUCGAAUUUGUUGAUUUUUUUUUAAAUAUAUUUUUUUGUAUUCGUCAAACAUAUUUUUAUACGUAUAUAUACUAUACACAUGUUUUCAACACGUGUAUUAUACAUAUUAUGUGUGUAUCAAUCGUCGUGUGCGUAAAAAUAAAUUAUUCCAACUUAGGCGCAUAAGUAUAAUUAUACGAUAAUAUUAUGAUUACGGCUGGCCAAGUGCAAUUAUUAUUUAAAGGUACGCGCGCGUAACGUUUUAUAUUGUACUUUUAUCGAUAAUAUUUUAUUAUUAUGUUAUAAAUUAUAAUAUAAUAUGCGUGUGACAUCAUAUUAUUAGCCAAUGUUAUUACUCUUGUUAUUAUAAUAUUAUUAUUGUUCAUUAUUACAUAUUUUUUUAGCAAUUUGUAAAUUUUCGCGUGUAAAAAGACAACCAAAAACACUAUUUUAAUCAAUCAAUGUAUACUAUAUAUAGUUUAUUAAACUGUAAACACCACGUGUACAGGUAUAUAUUAUAAUAUUAUUAUAUAGUUGUGGAAAUAAAUGGCGAAAAGCGAAUCAGU